UCCAAAGUUGGAUGGAGAGAAAACAAAAACACACGCAUCUUCUUUGGACCUUAAUCAAUCUCCUUGACCUAAACCCUUGGCAGGUGGGUUUUUGAGAUGAGCUCUUCAAACUCACCUAGUCGAUCUCGAGGAGAGAGGGCAAGAACUUUUGACGGUGAAGCAAAGAGGAUGUGCUGGGCCAAGGCUGAGACGGUACCCGGUCGACAUCCUGAACGCUGGCGAAAAGAUUCCGCUGGAAACAUUCUCUGCAAACGCCUCUUCAACUGUCAAGGCUGUCUUUGCUUUGAGUAUGACCACAUCAUUCCAUUUUCCAAAGGGGGUGAGUCCAUAGCGGAGAAUUGCCAGAUCCUCCAGACAAGGGUGAACAGGCUUAAAGCCAACAAGGAUGAGAUUGAUAUUAGUCAGUUAAAAGACUACUCCUGUGAUAUCAAGUUCACUGGUAUUUGCUGUUUAUCCAUGUUUAAAAUGCCCUUAGCUCUGCUUGAUAAGGAGCUCGAUAUUAUUGAAAUGGCUGUUUAUGGGGAUGUUAUCCGACCUGGAAACCAAUGCCGUUGUAGAACUGUUGCUGAAGUGCUAGGCCAAUAUAAGUCAAAGGACCGGGCUGCUCCCUGCAAGUUACCAUAUGCUGAUGAAUCCUUAUAGCAGGCAGUGAAGGGAACCUUACAUUUCUCAGUUGUAUUGUCUGUGCAAGUCAUUAAUAUUGUUGUAUUUCAAUGGCUUCAAUUGAAGUUCAAUUUAUUAUGUAGCUCAGCAGCUAAUUGAGUGAAUUGUUGUAGCCUUGGUGGAUGAAGUGUCCUUAGUUAAGACUCCAUGGAAUUUCUCAAGAUGGAAGGCGAAUAAUGCUAAAGCCAUUUGCACUCU